UAUUUCUAUUUACCUCUAAACUCCUUUUAUUCCAUAUGAAAGAAAUUCUAGGUGACUUUUUAAAAAAUAAAAAUAAAAUAAAUAUAUAAAACCUGUUCCUGCAGCAGCUCUCUUAGCUUGAAUUACCAAAGGUGUGAUGACAGGCUAAAACAGUUAAGCUCUAUUCCAAAUGCCAUUGAAUCUAGAGGUGCAGAUGAGUGAGAAAAUCAGAAAAGAAUGAAACUGAAUGUAUUGUCUCCAACUUGAAGAAGAAGUACUGUAUGAAAUCCGUCUAUAGACAUUUUUAUUUAAAUGACAAACAAAACACGUUUACAAGUGUUUCCCUUUGGUGCCUACUCCUGCACUGUGAACAACUAACACAGACCAGCAUGGCCGGACAGGAUAUCAUUAAUGUUAAUGGGAUUCCUCAAGAAUAUAAACACCUGUGGUACUAGAGUCCAGUGCAGAAUUGAAGUAUAACUUACAUAUAGUGGAAGGCACAUGUGUAUUAUAAGAAAGUGUAGUAUAUUAGAAUUUUUUUUGUGUCUUAGCACUACACACUAUCUGUGAGAGAAGCAGUCUCUCAUCUCAUCUCUUAGUAGCAGAGGCAGCUGCAAGCACAUUUGCUAAUUAUGCUGUAUUCUGAUAGUCUCUGAGGGCCCUAGUUUAAGGACUGGUGUGUUAUCUUUAGAUUUUGUCAUUCCAUGCUUCCUGCUGAUCCAAUGUAAGAAACUAUUUUUAAAUAAAGGACUCUUAUCAUCUCACUAUACAUUCUUAGAAUAGCUUGAGGGAAAGCUAGACUGAUUACAUAGUUCCUUGCACAAUUUCAUACUAAUUAUGUUAAUUAAGUACAGAUAAAAGCAAAAUGUCUCUCAUUAACAGUUACUUUGGAUAGUUUAUAUUUGCAUUUUAAAAAGCUUUAUCCUGUGAUUUCUAGGGAAAUGUUCAGAUAGCUAUAUUAAAAUAUACAAACCCCCUACAAUUAUGCAUUUAUAUCCACAACUUAAUUCUAGAUUGUUUCAAGAGGCUCUAAUGCGUGCUGGAAUUAUAUUUUAAAAUCCUCUUUACGCCUUUUUGUUUGCCUUUUUCAGUCCACGGCUAUCAUCAUUUUAAUAUUUUCUGUGCAAUGGGUUCUGAAAGUCAAUUAAACAGAAUAAGAAUGAAUUAGCCCUUUGCUGUGAGGCACUAUUGGAGUCUUGCCUAUUAGAGUUCCCAUCUUCAAUACAGCACAAGUUAACCAUACCACACAUAACAUUUCUUCUCCUUUGUAAGCUUAUGUCUUCAACCUGGCUGGAAGUUUAAGCUGUUUUUUCUAAACUUCUUUUACUUAUGUUUAUUUAAACUAACCUGAGUUUAAAAUGGAGGCGUCAAAUCACAUUUUUGCAAAACAGAAAUUUGCAACCUAUUUGUGUGUGUAGGGGGGCAGUGUAUGUUAUUUACAUAGUUCCUUGCUCACUUUUGAAGAUAAUUCAAAGGUGAACAAAACCGCAAGGGAGCAGCUGCAUUUUCCCAUGGUGGUGGCAGCAGACCUGAUUUUCUAUUGUACUGCACCCUUGUGUAGUCAUUCUCAUGGAGCACUGGUGUAGAUGACAAACAGCUUCAGGGCAAUGGAGAAUCAGGUUCAGCAUUUCCUACUUCUGUCCCGUAAAACAAGAACAAAAUGGUACUUGAUGAAAUUAAAGCGCAACAAGUUUAGAAGGGAUAAAAGGAAUGACUGCUACACAUAAUGUAGAAUUAAGCCGUGAAACCCUCUGUCAGUAUUGUUGCAACAAAACUUUUAAAAGAUUAGAUAUUUUUAUAAAUAGGAAUGGCAUCUGUAGCUAUAUAAACUAGAUUAUCAAAUCAAAGAGCUCUCAAUGAAUCAAGGCAUAAACUGGUCACUAGCUAGGUUCAAGAAGAAAUAUUCCCCCCGGGGAAUAGAUUAUGUAGUUAAAUGAAAGCACAACAACACAUCUUUCUCUGAUGCUCUGCCAUAAAUCACUGAAAAAGAAUGGGCUAGAUGGACAAUUGAUCUGUUACUGUAUGACAAUACCUAUGUUCUUCACAAUGUACACAGCUUAGAAUGUCCUGUUAUAAACCGCACCCUGGAUGUACUGCAACUUUGGUAAAAUUCAACUUGUGUUUUUCUCCUGUGCUCUUGGGAGGCAAUCCUCAGUCCAUGAACCAGCCUGGCUGCAGGGGAGUCAUGUGGGGAAAAGGGGAGCUUGUCCCUGUCACAAAUCUGCAGAGCUGCUAGGGGAGACUACUUCAGCCCUCCUCGAGACAAGAGCUGUGGAGCAUACACACAGAAACCAAUCCUGUCACCCCACCACCCUCAAACAUCCCAUCCUGAGUGAUCAUGCACAUGAAGCCUCUAGCUAACUCAAUUCCACAAGAUUCAGAGUGGGAGCCGUGUUAGUCUAUCAGCAAAAAGAACAGGAGUAUUUGUGGCACCUUAGAGUCUAACAAAUUUAUUUGAGCAUAAGCUUUCGUGGGCUAAAGCCCACUUCAUCGGAUGGCCUUUAGAAUCCACCCCCUCUAUGGAACAAUGGAACUGCACUGCCGCAGAGGCAGGGGCCUCGCAGAACAUGAGAAAUACUGAUAUUCACAGUACUGCUUUUAAAACCUACUGACAAAAUAUUUAAUAGAGCUAUAUAGCUUUACUGAUAUCUUGAGAACAGAGCACUAUUCUUUUCCCCCCACUAAAUAUCAAUACUAAGUUUCCAGUAAAAAUAAAGUUACUGGCAAAAUUAGGCAAAGGUCAAGUUAUGUAUAAAAAUAUCCCACAAAGCACCCACUGUAAUGAGAGGAUAUGGAUAACUCUCUAACCAGUAAUUUAAUUAUUUCCCUCACUUUUAAAUAUUUGCAUGCAUAGAGUUGAUGCACUAUUUUGAUUUCCAGAGUGUGUUGUGAAUGCUAACUAAUGAUAAUAUAAAAUGAAAUUCAUUUAAUUAACUGACAUUUCACAGGUAAUUUCACACUAGGCUGAGUUCACUCAAAAAGCUUGGAAAUGUGAAUUGCAUUUAUCUUUUAUGAAAUGAUCAGUUCAGUUGAAUCAUGAUUCUUUUAUUUCUCACUUUGAAGUUGUUUCACAAAACACACUAACCUCUAAUAGAGCUAUGACUGAAAUUGUCAGAGCAUGUUUUUUAAUGACAGUACUAUAUUUUUGAGCAUCGAGGGUAGUGCUAGAAAUGAAGUUAUAUAGUUUACAUUUAGUUAUAAUUUUGUAUGUCUUAAGAUCAUUUGUAUAUUUGCGUGUUGUAUUUGUACAAUUGGUAUGUAUUUUGUGUACCGAUAUGUUAGUUAUAUGAGAGAAAUGGGAGCGGCGCCUUCAAAAAUAUGGUUGGAGCAGGUGGAAUGGGCUCUUGGAGGGACAUGUGAGCAUUGUGUGCUCUGUGUCGAGAGGUCUGCUUGUAGCUUGGUAGGGGGGAAGGCUUAAUUUGGAGGAAACUCCCCAUCAAAAAGUCAGAACUCAAACAACAAUUAAGUUCUUCAAAAAUAAAAGUCCUCAUUGAAGGUGUAUGCCAUGACGUGAUUAUUUGUUUCUGAUAGCACCCGCAGCAACUUGCUGUAUCUGUAAAUCAACCAUUCAAAAGACAAAGAAUGCAAUACAUCUGAAGGAGGAAAAGGGUAACAUUUUUCCAAAAUAAUUAUUUUUAAAGUCUUUUAAAUCCCAUAUCUCUGCAAUUAAGAGACACAUACAUUUAGGAGAAUCCAGAGAAAUUUACCAUUACUGAGUACAGCUGCUAUGCAGUGUUAUGUAUAGUAACAUCAUAGUGUGUGUGCUACCAUCACUAUUUUAGCUCAUCACCAGUAAUCUAGACAGCAGAUCACUUAAGGAGAUUUCAAGUAUAAGCAACAGUUGUUUAUCCACUAGAGACCAGGGGAUAUGUUGGAAGUCUGUCCAUGUAUGGAGCAGGUCUUGUGAGCCAGAAGUUUGACAUCUCCUUUGGGACAUGCUAGCUGCAAAGAUGAACCCCUCCCCUCCCUAGGAGAGGCACUUUAUAAAGUAAGAUUCCCAAAGACAACAAGGCACAGCAGCUCUCUCCAGUAACGAUGGCUAGCAGAAAAACCAAAAAGAAGGAAGGUGGUGCCAAACGUGCUCAGAGAGCGUCUUCUAAUGUCUUCUCCAACUUUGAGCAGACGCAGAUCCAAGAAUUUAAGGAAGCUUUCACCUUAAUUGAUCAGAACAGAGAUGGAUUUAUAGAUAAAGAAGACUUGAAAGACAUCUAUGCUUCUUUGGGUAAAACAAAUGUAAAAGAUGAGGAGCUAGAAUCCAUGCUCAAGGAAGCCACUGGACCCAUUAAUUUCACAAUGUUUUUGAAUCUCUUUGGAGCAAAGUUACUUGGUAUGGAUGGGGAAGAGACCAUACUAAACGCAUUCAGAAUGUUUGAUCCAGAUGGUAAAGGACACAUUCACAAAGACUACUUAAAACGCAUGAUGAUGACACAGGCUGACAAAUUCACUGCUGAAGAGAUAGACCAGAUGUUCAAGAGUUCCCCUAUUGAUGCAGCAGGAAACUUGGAUUACAAGUCUUUCUGCUACACUAUCACACAUGGAGAGGAAAAGGAAGAAUAAAGAGCGCACACUUGUUAGUUGCACUAAAUUCUCACAUUGGGUUAAUAAAUAAAAAAUGAACUAAUUUUUUUUA